UUUUUGUCAACAUAUUCACGAUUGCAUUCAAGCUAAUUUUUGGUUAAAAAAACAAAAACAAAAUAAAUAAAUACAACCAUUAUUUUUAUAUAAUAUAAUAAUCAAAAUGAGUUUAUACAAAUUUAUUGACAUCGGUGCCAAUUUGACAGAUCUUAUGUAUCAAGGAAUAUACAAUGGUUCUAAAAAACACCAACCAGACUUAACUAAUGUACUAAAAAGGGGAUGGGACAACGGGUUAGAUAAAAUUAUAAUAACAGGAACUUAUUUGGAAGAUUGCAAAGAGGCUUUGGAACUCGCUAAAACCGAUGAGAGGUUGUACCUGACCAUCGGGUGUCACCCGACACGCUCGAACGAAUUUGAAAAAUCAGGAGACCCGGAUAAAUACCUGCAGGACCUCAGCGAUUUGAUAAAUGAGGCUAGGCCUAAAGUCGUCGCUUUGGGCGAGUGUGGAUUGGACUACGACAGGUUGAAUUUUUCCGGAAAAGAACUCCAACUCAAAUAUUUUGAAAAACAGUUGGAACUUUGUAAAAACGUGAAGUUGCCCCUUUUCCUCCAUUGCAGGAACGCUUUCGAUGAUGUUCACUCUCUUCUCAACAAGCACAAACCCCUAUUUGGAGGUGUUGUACAUUCGUUCGACGGUACGGCUGAGCAGGCGGAUGCGUUCAUAAAACAAGGCUUUCAUAUAGGGGUCAACGGGUGUUCGUUAAAAACUGAAGACAACUUGAAAGCCGUCAGAGAAAUACCAUCCGAUCGCCUGAUGAUCGAAACCGACAGCCCUUGGUGUGAUGUACGCCCUACUCAUGCAGGUUUUAAAUAUGUACAAACACAGUUUAAUUCGACAAAAAAGGAAAAGUGGAAAAGCGAUUGCAUGGUGAAAAGCAGGAAUGAACCAGCGAACAUUGUUCAAAUUUUAGAAAUUGUUUCUGGUGUAAAAGGUGAAAAUAAAGAAAAACUAUGUGACCAAAUAUAUAAAAAUACUUUAAAUAUGUUU